AAGCCUAAUCUUGAAAGUAGAGAUAGUGUCUGUCUCCCGAAUCCAAACUGGAAGCUGGUUCCACAGAAGAGGGGCCUGAAAACUGAAGGCUCUCCCUCCCAUUCUACUUUUAAAUACUCUAGUUCUGCUGUUAAAGAAGUGUGAAAAUAACUAAAUCCCAAACUCACAAUAUGGUAGAGAGUAAAAGGUCAUGAAAGGUUUUAUACUGAGAAAUUCACAGGAAUAUAUGCUGACACUAAGCAAGACUGAGCAGACACCAGUAAAUGACAAAUCUAAAACACACUGAGAAUGAAUUCAGCAUUAAACACAGCAGGGAGGAACAAUACACAUAUCAAAGGUGGAAGCAAGCAAAGCUCAAAGCAAGGCACAAAAGUAAAAGUAAAACAUAAUUAAAUAACUAAAACAGAGACAUGAAACAUGAAAAUCAAUAGGAAACAUUAAUGACCUAAUUCAGGAAGAAACACAGAAAGGCAAGACAGAGAGAGUGAUGGGGAAACAAACAGAAACCUCAAAGUAAGAAGUGAAUUUAGUUGAACGCUAGAACAGAAAAUCACUAUAAUAGCCAUUCAAAUUCAUUGAACUACAAACUGUAACUAGAACUCAAACACAACAAGGAUUUAAAUUCAAGAUACUGGAAUGACAAUGAAAUCAAAACAGGAAUCAGAAAUAUAUCUGAACAAUAAUCAGAAACUAAAAACACUGCAACUCAGUUUAAAACCAGGGAUCAUGACAAAGUGUCCAAUGAGGUGAGGUUUUUGUUUCUCCGUUUCACUGCCUCACUGAUUAUUAGUAAUAUAAUAAAAAUUUCAUAUGUACUAUUUUCAUAAAGGAAAUCUCUGGUCUUGAUUUAUAUUUAUUACUUAUAUGUUUAUCGAUGUUUGAAUUAUUUCAUAAUUUGCGUGACUGUUAAUCUACAUUUUUUGACUUUGAAAAUAAACAUUUUAAGAAGAAAAAUGUCCAAAAAUCAUUUGAAACACAGCUGAUUAGAAAAAAAUGAAAAAAGGUUCCCUCUCUAAAGACAGAGACUCCAAGAAGAAUUUACCCCCAAAAAACUUUGUUAGGUAUGAUCUGUACAGAAAAGGGCUCCUAUUCCUGGAAUCACUCACAACCAGAUCACUCCUUCCUCUUCUAAACAUAGAAACUACUCUUUGUGCACACAUUUCCUCAUUCUCUCCUCUUACAUAUAUAGAUAUAUAUCUAAAGGCUGACAGGCUCCAUUCACUACAGACACACAUUAAGUUCAGACCUCAGGCUAGUUUCAUUUCUACAAAACAGAAACUGACACCGCCACUGUUACUGUGACUGGCACAGAGAAAUGGCAGAAAAAGGAGUUCAGCUGGACCAAGAAACCUUCUCUUGUUCGAUCUGUUUGGAUCUACUCAAGGAUCCGGUGACUACAACUUGUGGACACAGCUACUGCAUGAACUGUAUCAAAACCCACUUUGAUGAAGAGGACAGGAAGGGAAUCCACAGCUGCCCUCAGUGCAGGAAGACUUUCACACCGAGGCCUGUCCUGGAGAAAAACGUCAUGUUAGCAGCUUUAGUGGAGCAGCUGAAGAAGACUGGACUCCAAGCUGCUCCAGCUGAUCACUGCUAUGCUGGACCUGAAGAUGUGGCCUGUGAUGUCUGCACUGGGAGGAAGCUGAAAGCCAUCAAGUCCUGUUUAACUUGUCUGGCCUCUUACUGUGAGAAACACCUCCAACCUCACUAUGAUGCAGCUCCAUUAAAGAAACACAAACUUGUUGACCUUUACAAGAAGCUCCAGGAGAACAUCUGCUCUCGUCAUGAGGAGGUGAUGAAGACUUUUUGCCAUACUGAUCAGAAGAGUAUCUGUAAUGUCUGCAAAAAGGAUGACCAUAAAGGCCAUGAAACAGUCCCAGCUGCAGCAGAAAGGACUGAGAAGCAGAAGGAGCUCGAGGUGAGACGACUAAACAUCCAGCAGAGAAUCCAGGAACGAGAGAAAGAUGUGAAGCUGCUUCAACAGGAGGUGGAGGCCAUCAAUAGCUCUGCUGAUAAAGCAGUGGAGGACAGUGAGAAGAUGUUCACUGAGCUGAUCCGUCUCAUCCAGAAAAGAAGCUCUGAUGUGAAGCAGCAGGUCAGAUCCCAGCAGGAAACUGAAGUGAGUCGAGUCAAAGAGCUUCAGGAGAAGCUGGAGCAGGAGAUCGCUGAGCUGAAGAGGAAAGACGGCGAGCUGGAGCAGCUCUCACACACAGAGGAUCACAACCAGUUUCUACACAACUACCCCUCACUGUCAGCACUCAGUGAGUCUACACACUCAUCCAGCAUCAAUAUUCGUCCUCUGAGCUACUUUGAGGAUGUGACAGCAGCUGUGUCAGAGACCAGAGAUAUACUACAGGACAUUCUGAGAGAGGAAUGGACAAACAUCUCACUGACAGUCACUGAAGUGGAUGUUUUACUGUCACCACCAGAGCCAAAGACCAGAGCUGGAUUCUUAAAAUAUUCACAUGAAAUCACACUGGAUCCAAACACAGCAAACAAAUAUCUGCUGUUAUCUGAGGGGAACAGAAAAGCAAUAUAUACCAAAGAAGAACAGUCUUAUUCUGAUCAUCCAGACAGAUUCACUGGAUGGCUUCAGAUCCUGAGUAAAGAGAGUCUGAGUGGACGUUGUUACUGGGAGGUGGAGUGGAGAGGAAAAGGAGUUGAAAUAGCAGUCACAUACAAGAAUAUCCGAAGAGUAGGAAAAUCAGACUUAUGUUUUUUUGGAUUCAAUCAAAAAUCGUGGUCACUGAAGUGUUAUAUAAACAAAUAUGAAUUUUGGUACAACAAAGUCCAAACUGUCCUCUCAGGUCCUCGGUCCUCCAGAGUAGGAGUGUACCUGGAUCACAGAGCAGGUAUUCUGUCUUUCUACAGCAUCUCUGAAACCAUGACUCUCCUCCACAGAGUCCAGACCACAUUCACUCAGCCGCUCUAUGCUGGACUUUGGCUUUGUGAGUCUGAUGGCGUCUCUGCUGAGUUCAUUAAACUUAAAUAGACAGAAGUCAUUGACAGAAGUUGAUUAAAAUGUGUUUUAGUCUACAGUUUUUUUUCUUUGUCAUCAUUGUUACUGAGCUUGCAGUUGUGCUUUUCUUCUUUGUACAUAACAUCACCUGUUAGUUAAACUUUAUGGGUGCUAUUUUGACAUCUCAUUGUUUGUUGUCUAGUUAAUGACUGACUUUAUUCAGGUGGCACUUCAUCCUGUGUUUGUUUAGCCAUGUAGGGAAAACAAGCCUUCCGUGAUUUAUUCCGUCAGUGUACUCUUCCAAUGUGGAUGGUAAGUAAUGUAAAAACACUGCUGGGACUGUCUUUUCCGCUUUCUUUGGUGAUUGAUUUGAAUUCUUUAGUGCUGAUAUUACUGUGUUACUUUGCAGCUUUUAGUGGUUUUAACUGUUAUCAUAACUUUGGCAGACAUUCUUACUUGCUGUCACUGAUGUUCCAGAUUAACUGUCACAAAUUAACUGUCAGUCUCAUUGCUAUGAACAAUCAAAUAUUAAAAACUGUCUCUUGUUUA